ACGUCAAAAAUAAAGUUAAAGCGCAUCAAAAAAAAGGACGGGCAUUGAUAUACAAAAAUAAUUGAAAACCAUUUUUGUUGGUACUUGGGUUUUUCAAACAACAUGACAGUUUUUUAAAAAAUAAAAACACUAAAAUAAGAUAGAUUGAAACGAAAUGGGUCAGAAUCAAAGCAUUACAGACAAUGUCAUCCCGGACACUGUGGAUAAUCUACAAAUGCAAGUGGUUAAGCAUGCAAAAGUUUUUUCUGAAAUAGGUUUGCUCACCUAUGACGACUUCACGCAAUGUCUUGAAGGACUAAAUGCGUUAUCUCGCAACUGCUUGGAUCCAUCGGGAAAACAGUUGGUAUUCCUUAUCAAAAACGGCACAGAUACUUCACUUUUAUGGAAAGCAACUGUGAAGAUAGCUUGUGUAAAAGUCGACCCAGUCACUCGGGAGAUUGAUCAAUACAAACUUCUCAAUCUUAAGCAAUUUUUGUGUGUCUUUAAGACAUUUCAAUCCCAUCUCCAAAGUCUGGUUUCCAGCGAAAAGCAGAGCGAACGAAGAGGAUCCGGUUCUUCAGAUUCUCAAUCGGAUACUCCAAUAACAGCAUCGAUACUGAUGGACAAAGUACAUACAAUGAUGAAUUCAGGCCAAUUCAGUCCCACCUCCUCACUGUGUUCUACUCCAGAUCAAUUUGAUGAGUGUUCUAUAUGUCUGGAUCGAAGAACCGAAGUAAUACUUCCAUGCACUCAUAGCUUUUGUGCUCCAUGCAUAGAACAAUGGAAUGUAAACAACAAGACGUGUCCCAUUUGCAAUGAGCUAUUGGCUAGCACAGAUGAUACCUGGGUUAUGUCAGAGCUGCCUGGGGUCGAUGAAAUAAAUGACAAAAUAUGCGAUGAGCUAAUGAAUCUCUCAAAGCAACAAAUUGAAAAGUAAAUAAAUAAAAAAAAGAAAGUUGGCUCCAACAAUGACAGUCCUCGGGGAAAAGUAAAUUUUUAUAUGUAUGUUAGAUUAUUAUGUUUAAACAACCUCUAUGUUGAAAAAAAACCUUACGAAAUAAGUUCCAAUAUAAUGUUUAUGUAUUUUUAAGCUUUAUGUUUACUGUGUUAAAUAUAUAAAUGAAUGUAUAUGCUUUCCGUUAAAUUAAGGACACACAUGUUUCAGGCGAAAUAUAGAACUGGGAAGCAAGUAAGAGAA